CAGUUCUCGUUUCAACUUCAAGUCUUCACCUUUAAGCUCCGAACUCAAAAAUUGUCGAUAAAACCAAACAAAGCCACCAAAUUUCUUCUCCAUCUCCGAUCCCAAUCAUCACCUGUUCACUCCCAAAUCAAAGCUCUGUCCCUUCAGCCAAUCCGAUCCGUCCAGCUCGGCAAUGCUCUGCUCGGUCCGCCGGCCUAACUGGCUCGACCGGCUCCGGUCCAACAAGGGCUUCCCCGCCGGCGACAACCUCGACCUCGACCACUUCCUUAGACAUAACCCUAACUCCUCCUCGGAAUCCCCGAGUCCCAAUGCAGAGUCAACCGAGUCAAUUCCACCGGUCUCAAAUCGACCCGAAUCUUCCAAUCCGACCCGAGACGACGGAAAAGGAGAGGCAUUGCUGGGCCUGAUGAGCACCGCCAUCUCCGAGCUGUUCUUCAUCGACGGCUCCGAAGAAAGCUCGAGAAUUUCCGGCAAAAAAGUCCCCAGAAAACAAACCCACCCCAGAGUUUGUGUCACCUCCUCCACCACCAACUCCAACAGCAAAGAGAACAAGAGCUCGGGCAGCACCAGAAAUGGCAUACACGACUUUACAGCUAUCACAUCGUUGAAUUCGGACAACAGCAAAGAACUGAAUGAGGAGGAAGAGUUGGAAGAGAAAGAGGAGAGAGAGCUGAAGGGGUAUUCGAAGAGCGAGGUGACGGUGAUAGACACGAGCUGUGAGGUUUGGAAGACGGAGAAGGUGGUGUUUAGGAGGAAGAGUAUGUGGAAAGUGAGGGAGAAGAAGAGCAAGGUGAGGAGCUUUGGGAGGAAUAAGAGGAAAGUGGUGAGCGGUGAGGAGGGUGAUGAUGGCAUUGAGGAGAAGAAGAAGGAAGCAAAGGUUUUGGAUUGUGAAGGGGAUCAAUGUAUAUCUCUCAACCCCAUUGAAAAUUCACAGAAUGACGCAAGGAAGGAAGUUUACAAAGACACCACAGAUAAUCUAAAUGACAGAGGAAAAGAAUUCGGCAAGGACAACAUACCAGAUAAUAAUAGAAAAGAUUUAGAAAAGGGGUUUCCUUUGAACAGACCACCAAGAAAAACAAUGAAGGAUGGCUCGUCUGUUGUCUUUAUUAAAGGCAUUCCCACAUAUGAGAAAAAUGAAGGAAAGCUUCCUAGGAAGUGUCUCAAGGACAGCCAAAGGAAAUACAAGGCUUGAUUGAUCUUUGAUCAGCCACAGGGGGUUGGUUUUGCCCCAGAAAGGUGUAACUGGCUGCAAUGCAACAGCCUUAUGACAGGCACCAGCGGAGUGUUUAUUGACUGUUCGGUCUAGAGGCCUUUCGAUAUCUGUCUAGAUAUGAGGCUAUCGAGUAUAUGAGGACUGAGGUUUGGUCACACAAAGGAGUUGAAGACGGUUGUGAUCAUUGAUCGUCCUGCCGUGUCAUUAGGAUUCAAAAUGUUGUGAAUAUGAAUUUAGUGUAAUGUUUGUAAUUUCAUGAUAACAAUCAUUUUUACCGAAAAAUUAAAAUUCCAAUAAAAUCUCUCUGGUGGAUUGUUCAGUU